CAGAUCUCAGCCCGACUUAAUUCUACUUCCUUCGUAAAAUCUACGUGCUAGUGGGCAACGGCCCCAUUAUUAGUAUGUAUUGGAUGAUGCCGUUGAGUGCUCUGUGCUCCUUCUCUUGAGAAAUUCAUCCAAAACUGAUAGCUUGGUUCUGCAAUUAAGCUGCUCGAACAAGAUGCCUGAGAUUGCCGAAGCCACAGUGAGUCCUUCUGUUGGUGAAAAUAACGAUACACCGAAGAAUGGAUUUGACUUGGGAGCUUUUGUUGGAGACUUAACUGUCGAAGAGGAUCUAAGCAGUGAUGAUAUAUCGUUGGAGGGACUGCAACAGGAACUGGAAGAAUGUAAAAAUGAUGAAGUAGUUGCAAACAUAUUAUCUAAAGGUACAAAAAUGAGGGAUUACACGAAAGGUGUUGAGGUCAAUUUGCGCAAAGUGGAAUUGGAUUCAAUUCAGGAUUAUAUUAGGGAAAGUGAUAAUCUAGUCUCUCUUCAUGAUCAGAUUCGAGAUUGUGAUAGCAUCUUGUCACAAAUGGAAGCUCUUCUUGGUGGAUUUCAGGCUGAAAUUGGUUCUAUCAGUUCAGACAUAAAGAUUCUCCAGGAGAAGUCUAUGGAUAUGGGUUUGCGGCUUAAGAAUCGUAAGGUAGCUGAAUCCAAAUUGGCUGAGUUUGUGGAAGACAUAAUAGUCCCUCCAAGGAUGGUGGAUAUAAUUGUUGAUGGAGAGGUCAAUGAGGAAUAUAUGCGAACUCUUGAGAUUUUGAGUAAGAAACUGAAGUUUGUAGAAGUGGACCCAAUGGUUAAGGCUUCAAAAGCUCUAAAAGAUGUUCAACCUGAGCUUGAAAAACUCCGUCAGAAAGCAGUUUCAAAGGUGUUUGACUUCAUUGUUCAGAAACUCUAUGCGCUAAGAAAACCCAAAACAAAUAUCCAAAUUCUUCAACAAAGUGUCCUGUUAAAAUACAAGUAUAUUGUUUCCUUUCUCAAGGAACAUGGCAAGGAGGUAUACAAUGAAGUUCGUGCAGCAUACAUUGAUACAAUGAACAAGGUUCUUAGUGCACAUUUUCGAGCUUACAUACAAGCACUAGAGAAACUACAGUUGGAUAUUGCGACAUCCAAUGAUUUAAUUGGUGUGGAGACAAGAAGCACUGGGCUCUUUACAAGAGUCUGGGAACCAUUGAAGAACCGAUCUGCAGUUUUUGCUCUUGGUGAUAGGAUCAAUAUAUUAAAGGAAAUUGAUGAACCUGCAUUGAUUCCUCAUAUAGCUGAAGCCAGCUCCACUAAAUAUCCAUAUGAGGUCUUGUUCAGGAGCCUGCAGAAGCUGCUUAUGGAUACUGCUACUUCUGAAUAUCAUUUCUGUGAUGUUUUCUUCAUGGAGGAAUCUAUAUUUUAUGAAAUCUUCUCAGGUCCUUUUGGUGUCAUUGAUGAGCACUUCAGUUUAAUACUUCAAAAUUGCUAUGAUGCUAUAGGACUGAUGCUUAUGAUAUGCAUAAUACGUCAACAUCAGCUCAUUAUGUCUCGAAGGAGGAUCCCAUGCUUGGAUUCUUACUUUGACAAGGUCAAUAUUUCCCUAUGGCCUCGUUUUAAGAUGGUAUUUGACAUGCACCUCAACAGCCUGCGUAAUGCAAAUGUAAAGACAUUAUGGGAAGAUGAUGUACAUCCUCACUAUGUCAUGAGACGUUAUGCUGAGUUUACAGCUUCCCUUAUCCACUUAAAUGUUGAGUAUGGGGAUGGCCAGCUUGAAUUGAAUUUGGAGCGAUUGAGAAUGGCUGUUGACGACUUGCUUAUCAAGCUUGCCAAGAAUUUUCCAAAACCGAAGCUGCAAACUGUUUUUCUUAUAAACAAUUAUGAUAUGACUAUUGCUGUCCUAAAGGAAGCAGGUCCCGAAGGUGGGAAAAUUCAAAUGCACUUUGAGGAGCUUCUGAAGAGCAAUACAGCCUUAUUUGUGGAAGAAUUGCUUCAAGAACAUUUUAACGAUUUAAUCAAAUUUGUGAAGACCAGAGCCUCUGAGGACCCCACUUCAAGUUCCGAUAAGCCCAUAACUGUUGCCGAAGUCGAGCCACUGGUGAAGGAUUUUGCUAGUAGGUGGAAGGCUGCCAUAGAGUUGAUGCACAAAGAUGUGAUUACUUCUUUCAGCAACUUCUUGUGCGGCAUGGAGAUCUUAAGGGCUGCAUUGACUCAGCUGUUGCUUUACUAUACCAGACUUUCAGAUUGCAUAAAGAAGAUCGUUGGUGGCUCUGCACUUAACAAGGAUCUUGUUUCCAUAUCUUCAAUCAUGUAUGAAAUUAGGAAAUACUCGAGGACUUUCUAAUUUGUUGCCACUGUCAUUAUUGUAUGCUAUAUCUGAUUUUUGAUCCGAGGCAUUCAAUUUAUAUGUUAACUACAAAUUUUUGGAUGAUGAGAGUGAGAUGUGAUGCUUCUUUCAAAGAUGUUAAUAACAGUCAGUUCCUCAGGUAAAAUAAGUUCCAUUUUA